GUCUCUCUGUGCCAAUUGGAUAUUGUCAAAAAAUUAUCAUGAAGGCUGUAGCGAUUCUUCUUUUGGGCGCCAUUGCUAUGGCUUCUGCGCAAGGUGUUAACGUAGUGGACAACAACCCCGGUCCUGGCCAAGUUAAUAUUGUGGAACAACCAGGUGAUACAGUGAAAACAGUUGGACAACCAAAUCAGGGUGUCGAUUCCAGCUUCUACAGACCUUCUGGUGGUGACAACGUUGUAAUCUCUAACCCGGAUCCAGGCUUCUACCUGGGCGGUGCCAACACCGGUGCCGGUGCACAAGAUGUAGAUCCCGCCUUCGGCCGUCCCACCGUCUACGGCAAUCUAAGGCCCUUGAAAUGUAAGCAUUUUUUGAUUAACUCUGAAAUUAAUUAA